UUUAUAGUUGCAGUGUAUCCCAGUAGUUCAGGCUCUGUCCUCAUUAUAUUCAUUAUAUUCGCCUCCCUUUAAUCACAAAUGACAUCUACAAACAUGUGACCAGUCAAGAACAAACCGAGAUCAAGCUCCCUCUACGUUAAUUCAAAGUGCGUCACGGAAUCACGCAGUGCACAGGAGAGAUCUAGUGCGCGCUAUUAUACCCGGGGAUAAAUCAUCGUCAAAGUUCUAUCGUAUCAUGGUGAAGAUAGCAUUCAACUCUGCUCUGGCGCAGAAAGCCCUGCAAGGGAAGGAGGCUGGGCUGGCCUCGGAGAAGAGGCUGUACCUUGGAGCCAUGCAGUUCAGUGAGGUGUCCAGCGGGGCGGCGGUAGAGAGACAGCCCUACUAUCUGCCCCGCGUCGAGGAGGAAGUAGAGAUCUCUGACAACAUGGCCACCAUCAAGGUCCCACCCCCUCGCUUUGCCCAGGGAGACCCUGCAUAUAUCCUGCACGACUUCCAAAAGAAGCUGACGGCAUAUCUGGACCUGACUCUGAGGACAUGUUUUGUGAUUCCCCUGAACACUUCAGUGGUUCUGCCUCCUCAAGACCUCAUGGACCUCUUCAUGCAGUUAAUGUCGGGGUCGUUCCGUAGCUACCUGGUGCAGGAGGACCUGGUCGUGACGGAGCGUGUUGAUGAUGUCACAGAGAUGGGCUUCUAUAUCCGCCGGCUGUGUGAGGGCAAGGACACCUACAGGACGCAGCGUCGCAGUGACCUAACAGACAAUUUGGAACAGUGUAAAGAGCAGAAAAUAAAUGGUAAGUCAUUCCAGGGAGGCUGUUCUAAUUAAAGUCUGAUUAUUACGGCAAAGAUAAACAUUUCACAAACUGGUUUUAAUCAGACAAUGUUGUGGUUGCGUGAGGCUUGGCGCUCAGGGAAUCAGUAGGUGAUUAAACAAAAACUCAAACACGCAACAGAAGAAAAUCUGUCUUAUUUCUGUAGCUAUACGGGGCAUUCGGAAAGUAUUCAGACCCCUUGACUUUUUCAAUAUUUUGUUACGUCACAGCCGUAUUCUAAAAGUGAUAUAUUUUAUGUUAAUCUAAACACAAUACCCCAUAAUGAAAAGGCAAUAACAGGUUGUAUUAAAAAUAAAAUAAGAUACCUUAAUAUGUUCAUGGUGUACAAGACACCUGUCUGAUUCGUGCCUGAGUAGACUAAUCCAUUAUCUGAUUGGACUAAUCCAUUAUCUGAUUGGACUAAUCCAUUAUCUGAGUGGACUAAUCCAUUAUCUGAUUGGACUAAUCCAUUAUCUGAGUGGACUAAUCCAUUAUCUGAUUGGACUAAUCAAUUAUCUGAUUGGACUAAUCCAUUAUCUGAGUGGACUAAUCCAUUAUCUGAUUGGACUAAUCAAUUAUCUGAGUGGACUAAUCCAUUAUCUGAGUGGACUAAUCCAUUAUCUGAUUGGACUAAUCAAUUAUCUGAUUGGACUAAUCAAUUAUCUGAUUGGACUAAUCCAUUAUCUGAUUGGACUAAUCCAUUAUCUGAUUGGACUAAUCAAUUAUCUGAUUGGACUAAUCAAUUAUCUGAUUGGACUAAUCCAUUAUCUGAUUGGACUAAUCCAUUAUCUGAGUGGACUAAUCCAUUAUCUGAUUGGACUAAUCCAUUAUCUGAUUGGACUAAUCCAUUAUCUGAUUGGACUAAUCCAUUAUCUGAUUGGACUAAUCAAUUAUCUGAGUGGACUAAUCCAUUAUCUGAGUGGACUAAUCCAUUAUCUGAGUGGACUAAUCCAUUAUCUGAGUGGACUAAUCCAUUAUCUGAGUGGACUAAUCCAUUAUCUGAGUGGACUAAUCCAUUAUCUGAGUGGACUAAUCCAUUGUCUGAGUGGACUAAUCCAUUGUCUGAGUGGACUAAUCCAUUGUCUGAGUGGACUGAUUCGUGCCUGUCUGAGUGGACUAAUCCAUUGUCUGAGUGGACUAAUCCAUUGUCUGAGUGGACUGAUUCGUGCCUGUCUGAGUGGACUGAUCCAUUGUCUGAUUGGACUAAUCCAUUGUCUGAGUGGACUAAUCCAUUGUCUGAGUGGACUAAUCCAUUGUCUGAGUGGACUGAUCCAUUGUCUGAGUGGACUGAUCCAUUGUCUGAGUGGACUGAUCCAUUGUCUGAGUGGACUGAUCCAUUGUCUGAGUGGACUAAUCCAUUGUCUGAGUGGACUAAUCCAUUGUCUGAGUGGACUGAUUCGUGCCUGUCUGAGUGGACUGAUCCAUUGUCUGAUUGGACUAAUCCAUUGUCUGAGUGGACUAAUCCAUUGUCUGAGUGGACUGAUCCAUUGUCUGAGUGGACUGAUCCAUUAUCGAGGCCGUGGGGAUGGCACAAUCCAUAACUCUAAGACGUGCUACUGAAAUUGUACAUGAUUAAGACAAUGGUGCAACACUAAUAAAAAUAUGAUCUUAUAACAUGCGAUUUCUCCCACGUUUGAUAGAGGUCGCCGUCUGUGGUUCUGAAACGUCAGUGCGCUGUCUAAUUGGCGCCCUUUGACCUUGUUGCUGCUGAGAACAAUGCAGCUCGAGUCAGGAGAUGAGAAAACAGCCCUUGUCCUAAUUGAAAAGUGAGGAGAAACCAACAUAAUUAGGUCUAUAAUCAACAGCCUGUUAAAUGCCUGGCGUUAUACAUCAUCCAUAUACAGGAUUCUGACCCCUUGACCUUUUCCAAAUUGUUUACGUUACAUCCUUAUUCUAAAAUGGAUUCAAUAUUUUUUUCCCUCAUCAAUCUACACACAAUACCCCAUAAUGACAUCACAAUACCCCAUAAAGACAUCACAAUACCCCAUAAAGACAUCACAAUACCCCAUAAAGACAUCACAAUACCCCAUAAAGACAUCACAAUACCCCAUAAUGACAUCACAAUACCCCAUAAUGACAUCACAAUACCCCAUAAAGACAUCACAAUACCCCAUAAAGACAUCACAAUACCCCAUAAAGACAUCACAAUACCCCAUAAUGACAUCACAAUACCCCAUAAAGACAUCACAAUACCCCAUAAAGACAUCACAAUACCCCAUAAUGACAUCACAAUACCCCAUAAAGACAUCACAAUACCCCAUAAAGACAUCACAAUACCCCAUAAUGACAUCACAAUACCCCAUAAUGACAUCACAAUACCCCAUAAAGACAUCACAAUACCCCAUAAAGACAUCACAAUACCCCAUAAUGACAUCACAAUACCCCAUAAAGACAUCACAAUACCCCAUAAAGACAUCACAAUACCCCAUAAAGACAUCACAAUACCCCAUAAAGACAUCACAAUACCCCAUAAAGACAUCACAAUACCCCAUAAUGACAUCACAAUACCCCAUAAUGACAUCACAAUACCCCAUAAUGACAUCACAAUACCCCAUAAUGACAUCACAAUACCCCAUAAUGACAUCACAAUACCCCAUAAUGACAUCACAAUACCCCAUAAUGACAUCACAAUACCCCAUAAUGACAAAGUGAAAACAGUUUUUUAAAUUUUAUUAAACUGAUAUCACAUUUCCAUAACAUCAGUAAAGGGUCUGAAUACUUAAGGUCAGACUGAGGUUUUGAAGUCAGUGUAGACUAAUACUGACGUUACAUCAGACUGAGGUUUUGAAGUCAGUGUAGACUAAUACUGACGUUACAUCAGACUGAGGUUUUGAAGUCAGUGUAGACUAAGAUACUGACGUUACAUCAGACUGAGGUUUUGAAGUCAGUGUAGACUAAUACUGACGUUACAUCAGACUGAGGUUUUGAAGUCAGUGUAGACUAAGAUACUGACGUUACAUCAGACUGAGGUUUUGAAGUCAGUGUAGACUAAUACUGACGUUACAUCAGACUGAGGUUUUGAAGUCAGUGUAGACUAAGAUACUGACGUUACAUCAGACUGAGGUUUUGAAGUCAGUGUAGACUAAUACUGACGUUACAUCAGACUGAGGUUUUGAAGUCAGUGUAGACUAAUACUGACGUUACAUCAGACUGAGGUUUUGAAGUCAGUGUAGACUAAGAUACUGACGUUACAUCAGACUGAGGUUUUGAAGUCAGUGUAGACUAAUACUGACGUUACAUCAGACUGAGGUUUUGAAGUCAGUGUAGACUAAGAUACUGACGUUACAUCAGACUGAGGUUUUGAAGUCAGUGUAGACUAAUACUGACGUUACAUCAGACUGAGGUUUUGAAGUCAGUGUAGACUAAUACUGACGUUACAUCAGACUGAGGUUUUGAAGUCAGUGUAGACUAAGAUACUGACGUUACAUCAGACUGAGGUUUUGAAGUCAGUGUAGACUAAGAUACUGACGUUACAUCAGACUGAGGUUUUGAAGUCAGUGUAGACUAAUACUGACGUUACAUCAGACUGAGGUUUUGAAGUCAGUGUAGACUAAUACUGACGUUACAUCAGACUGAGGUUUUGAAGUCAGUGUAGACUAAGAUACUGACGUUACAUCAGACUGAGGUUUUGAAGUCAGUGUAGACUAAUACUGACGUUACAUCAGACUGAGGUUUUGAAGUCAGUGUAGACUAAGAUACUGACGUUACAUCAGACUGAGGUUUUGAAGUCAGUGUAGACUAAUACUGACGUUACAUCAGACUGAGGUUUUGAAGUCAGUGUAGACUAAUACUGACGUUACAUCAGACUGAGGUUUUGAAGUCAGUGUAGACUAAGAUACUGACGUUACAUCAGACUGAGGUUUUGAAGUCAGUGUAGACUAAUACUGACGUUACAUCAGACUGAGGUUUUGAAGUCAGUGUAGACUAAGAUACUGACGUUACAUCAGACUGAGGUUUUGAAGUCAGUGUAGACUAAUACUGACGUUACAUCAGACUGAGGUUUUGAAGUCAGUGUAGACUAAUACUGACGUUACAUCAGACUGAGGUUUUGAAGUCAGUGUAGACUAAGAUACUGACGUUACAUCAGACUGAGGUUUUGAAGUCAGUGUAGACUAAGAUACUGACGUUACAUCAGACUGAGGUUUUGAAGUCAGUGUAGACUAAUACUGACGUUACAUCAGACUGAGGUUUUGAAGUCAGUGUAGACUAAUACUGACGUUACAUCAGACUGAGGUUUUGAAGUCAGUGUAGACUAAGAUACUGACGUUACAUCAGACUGAGGUUUUGAAGUCAGUGUAGACUAAUACUGACGUUACAUCAGACUGAGGUUUUGAAGUCAGUGUAGACUAAGAUACUGACGUUACAUCAGACUGAGGUUUUGAAGUCAGUGUAGACUAAUACUGACGUUACAUCAGACUGAGGUUUUGAAGUCAGUGUAGACUAAUACUGACGUUACAUCAGACUGAGGUUUUGAAGUCAGUGUAGACUAAGAUACUGACGUUACAUCAGACUGAGGUUUUGAAGUCAGUGUAGACUAAGAUACUGACGUUACAUCAGACUGAGGUUUUGAAGUCAGUGUAGACUAAUACUGACGUUACAUCAGACUGAGGUUUUGAAGUCAGUGUAGACUAAUACUGACGUUACAUCAGACUGAGGUUUUGAAGUCAGUGUAGACUAAGAUACUGACGUUACAUCAGACUGAGGUUUUGAAGUCAGUGUAGACUAAUACUGACGUUACAUCAGACUGAGGUUUUGAAGUCAGUGUAGACUAAGAUACUGACGUUACAUCAGACUGAGGUUUUGAAGUCAGUGUAGACUAAGAUACUGACGUUACAUCAGACUGAGGUUUUGAAGUCAGUGUAGACUAAUACUGACGUUACAUCAGACUGAGGUUUUGAAGUCAGUGUAGACUAAGAUACUGACGUUACAUCAGACUGAGGUUUUGAAGUCAGUGUAGAC